AUGGCCGACAAGUCCUUAUCUCGGCAGCAGUGGAUCCUCCAGAAGGAGCGAGACCAGCAAGAUAACGAAGCCCUCGACAAAGGCAUGCUUUAUCACGGGCUCGAGGAUGUGACGGCCCAUCUCCUACGCGUGUAUGACGAAGCGCGGGAGAUAAUCAAGGGCGGCGGCGAUCUCCUGGAGGUUGGAAACUUGAACGCACGCUUCGUUGAUCACAACAUCGACCGCUGCCUGGUUUCGGCAGACGUCUUCGCCCGGACAACACCACAUCGAUACCUGCAUGACGCCUGGAAAGAAGCACUCCCCACAGACGAUGGGGCGCGUGGGAUUCUCUUCGUCGACGAUCUUAAAUACUCAGGCAUCGCGCCACUGGGCAGCCAGCUGUCACGUCUCUUGGAGAAAUCAACGCCUCCCAAGCCACCGGUAAUCGUCUUGCAUCAUUCUGUUGAGAAGGCUGUGGAAUACCUUCUCCAGCCAACCGCAAAAGUGCCUGCGAUUUGUACAGUCCCGCUGCGUUACACGGAAGACGACGUGCUCGCAUUGCUCACGGCAACAAUCAAGGAGGAAUUUGGAGACAAGGAGAUUCAAGGAGGCUGGGAUGGAGCCUCUAUGGCGGCAUAUGUCCAGCGCUUAACUCGCAACAGAGGCUUGAAAUCCCGCGGUAACGUUCAAGCAUCGGUGGAAGGGCUGAAGCAGCGACGGGCGAAGAGAACCGAGGCCGAGGAGCGGAUGAUCACGGCCUGGACGGAGCUGCGGGAGAUGAUCGGCAUGGAGCAGGUCAAAGAGUCGGUUCGCCAGCUUCUCAGCCAGAUCGUGCGCUCAGCCAGCGGGCCGAGCUGGAGCGGAAGCCAGCUGUGGCCCCUUUGUCCAACCGCUGCUGCUUUCUGGGGCCUCCCGACACUGAUCUCAUCGGAUGCUACGUCGGCUGGGAUGAGAAAGCCACAAAGAAAGGCCACCGAUGAAGCCCGAGGCGGUGUGCUGAUCAUCGACGACUUCCACCUCCUCCUGCCUGACAACAUGCACAACACUGACCGGACGGACGUGUUCCGUGCUGCAGUCAUCGACACAAUGGUGGCCAACGUUGACCCAAACAGCACGCGUAAGGAAGCAGUCAUCCUGGUCGGUCAUUCUGAGUUCAUGACCGAAGCCUUCGAGAAGACCAACCCGGGCCUCACGCGUCGGUUCCGGCUGGCCCAGACCAUCCGCUUCGAGCCGUACAGUGACCGGAAGCUCACCCAGAUACUUCACCUCAAGCUGCGCAAGCACAGCCUCGUCGCCUCGGACACAGCGGUCCGCGUGGCCGAGGGAAUAUUCCCUAUCGCGCGCCACCGUCCCAGCUUCGGCAAGCUUGUCGUAGUGCUGGCCGGCUACGAGGAGGACAUGGAGAAGCUGAUGGGUGGAACCGCGGGCUCCGGAGCCGCUUUGCUACCUACGUCGACUUCGAGCCCUUGA